CCUCACCACAGACAAGAGAGGACGGCCUCGAAAAUGGUCGGGGCUACAGCGGCGGCCGCUUUUACUCCACGGCGCCGACUGACUCGGACCCCCACCGCUACCAAACGGGGUUCGAAAAUCGGUUCGCAUCGGAGGCGGUGCCGGGAACGUUGCCCCUCGGCCAAAAUGCGCCCCGGAAAUGCAAAUUCGACUUGUAUUCGGAACAGCUCAACUGGUCCGCCUUUGUGAGCUCGAGGGCGACACUUCAGCAUGUAUGGAUGUAUCGCAUCUGGCCGUCGGUCGCGCAUCGCGACGUCGUGCCUCCGCCGGAGCUGAAUCCGUGGCUGCAGGCUUGCUUCUCGCCGUUCAAUGAGCGAGUCAAGUAUGUUGCGGCACAACAGGCGUGGGAUCCGUUCCCGCUGCCUGGCGAAGACGGCGAUGCAGGGUCGGGAGGACUCGAUUUCGGAGAUCCGAUUUCGAAGGAGGGCAUCGCAAUAUACGUCUACACCGCCUCCAGACCCAUGACCAAUAGAGCCUUUUGCAACAAUGAAGCGGACUUUAUGAUCCUCCCACAGCAAGGCAGACUCGACAUACAGACCGAGCUAGGCUGGCUCACGGUCCGGCCGGGGGAAGACUAUAUCCAGGAAAUCUUUGGCAGCCACUACGAGCUGCCGGAGUUGGAACCCCUUGAAUCGAACAGAAUGGCGCUAUCGCAGGAUUUUCAGAGCCUCGUCGCCUCGUUCGACAUCGACUCUUCAGAGAGGGAGAUUGUCUACAAGAUGGCGGACUCGCACCUCGCUGCACCCGCCCAUUCAACGCCAUGGAGGGGCCGCCUGCCGUAG